CCCCCCCCCCCUCCACUCCGUUUGUUUACGUUCUCCGAGGCGGCGUUUGGCCCCGAACUCAAGAUUGUCCUAACAGCAGCAGCAUAAAACAUGAACUCGGCAAGUAAGGUGGGGGAGAUUUUCCUGGCAGCUGGAACAGCUUUCAAUAAGCUCGCAGAACUGACUAUGCAGCUUCACCCCACAGCUGAACAGUCUCCCUCAGGCACAAAAUGGACAGACGAAGAAAUAGAAAUGCUGCGAUCAUCUGUGAGAAGAUUUGGUGAUGAUCUUAAUGUGAUCAGUCAGAGGAUAAAGUCUCGUACUGUGACUCAGAUCAGGACUGCGCUAAAGAAGAAAGCAUUCGAAGAUGCAGGGAUCUCUCCACAGGCAGCAGCUGCGUUGCAAGCCCAGCAGACAGCAACACAGUCAGGAGCAAGUGCAGGGGGAGGGAGCAUGCUGGGGGGAAGAGAUGUGACUCUCAACAUGCUCAACGCCUCUGAAUCAGAGGUUGACGUGGAAGGGAUGGGGGGGGUGGGCAUGGACUUUGAGGGGGCAAAUGAAGUUGUUACGUCCUAAUGAAUCGUUUGAAUUUGUUUAGGUAAUAUUGAUGAUAAUUAUAAGUAAAAUGAUGUUUUUUUUUUUUAUGAAAGUGCCAUGACUAGGGCUUAGCUUAGCUUUUUGUUCCUGUUAUGGCACUCCAUUUCCAGUGAAUGUCAGAAAUAAAUAUAGGAAAUGUGGCCAGUUUUGUGGUCAGAAAAUUUUGUAAUUAUUUUAUUAUAACAGAGUCUGACUUAGUCUUGUUCAUAAAUGAAGAAAUACAUUUUUUAUAAUUUGUGAUUUGGUCAAUCAGUAGUUUUUAUAUAUCUUUCCAUUUAAAUUUGUGUUAAACUUAAAGUUUAAGAAAGAUUUUGAGUUCUUGGAAAAUGACUUAAUUCAGAUUCCUUGUGAAAUAUUAACAGAAACACCAUUUCUGUAUCAUUUAUGAAUCAUCUAAGAACAAAACCCAGAUGGUUGGUUCUGUAUUCGACAGUACAAACUGUACAAUUAAAAGGCUGUUUAUCAAAGUUAAAGUUUGUUGUUACCUUUUAAAGCUUAUAUAUGAGAAUGUAGGUGUGAAUGUGGAUGCAAGUGUUGUAUUUGUACGCGUUUAUGAUAUUUCAGAACAACCUAGAACAUGGGCAAGUAAAUCUUGUUCCCUCUUACUCAGGAAACCAUCCCUACUUUAACCCUCCAAUUGCCAUUGAACUCUUAUACCAGCCAUAACUUGAUCUAUCUGUCAAAUCACACAGUUGGGGAUUUCACACUUUAUUGCCCAGUGCACACUUAACAUACAUACCAAGCCAUUGUUUACUUUCUCAGAGAACCUUCUUUCUGAUCAGUAUUUUGGAAGCCAAAAUUUCUAUAAGACAAAUCCCACUGGAAAAAUGUUUUCCUUUACAGAGCAUUGGAUUACAUCUUGUUCACUACAUGACAUCAUGAAAAUGUAAUUUUCAGUCAUUCUACUUGAAUAUUCAUAAAGAGUGAUAGAGAUGGGUACUGGUUGUCUACUGUUAUUUAAAAAAAAAACUGGAUGUAGAAUCUUUCAGGGAAUUUAUUAUAAUUAGUACUAAAGGGAUAACUAUACACAGUUCUGUCUCUAGUAAUCAUAAAAGUGCCAGAGCUCUUUAUACUAUUUUUUGUUGAGAAGCAGAUCAGUUUGAAUAUCUUAGAUAUUUCAACAAUAAUAUACAAUGAACUAAUAUUAAAAUGUGAGAAAAUAUCUUUACCUCCACAGUUAUAUGAAGCUGUAUAAGUGUCUUCCCUUGGAAAAGGUCACAAACUAUUCUAGUCUUGGAUUAUUCUAUGUAUUGCUUGAAUAAAAGAGUAGUGAACC